AUGUCCACCAUAUUAGACGAGUCUUUAAACAUUUGCUAAUCGAGAUCCGAUUGUCGCCAAUUACUCUCAAAAAAGCCAACAUUUUACGUAAUUUUGAAGUCACAUGCAAUAAAAUGCCUCUCGCUCCUCUGGCUGAUCCUUGGACGGAACAUGCCUUGAAGUCGUCUAAUGGGCUAACAAGGGACGAAGAGAAAAAAUCUAGCGCAGAUGAUGCAAUGUCAGUAGAUGAGGCUCAUGAAGGCGAAAUACAAGAGAGGGAGUAUGAUAUUACGUCGAGAGCAAAGGGCGAUCAUAAGGCGCAAGCCUCGGAUUUCGAGCUGCUGAAAGUUCUUGGGCAGGGUUCUUUUGGCAAGGUUUUUCUCGUAAAGAAGAUAAAAGGACCGGAUGCAGGCGUUCUUUAUGCUAUGAAAGUUCUUAGAAAAGCUACCUUAAAGGUUAGAGACAGACAGAGGACAAAAAUGGAACGAGAUAUUUUAGCGGACGUCAAUCAUCCAUUUAUCGUUCAAUUACAUUAUGCGUUCCAAACCGAAGGUAAACUAUAUCUCAUCUUGGAGUUUUUGAGGGGCGGAGACUUGUUUACGAGGCUAUCAACCGAAGUGAUGUUUACAGAAGAGGACGUAAAGUUUUAUUUAGCCGAAUUAGCGCUGGCGCUAAAUCAUUUACAUUCUCUUGGUAUUAUCUAUCGGGAUUUGAAGCCAGAAAACAUUCUCUUAGACACUGAGGGUCAUGUUAAACUUACUGAUUUUGGCUUGUCUAAAGAAUCUAUUUUCGAAGAAAACAAGACGUAUUCUUUUUGCGGAACAGUGGAAUACAUGGCUCCUGAAGUUGUGAAUCGAAAGGGACAUGGAACGGCAGCGGAUUGGUGGUCAUAUGGUGUACUUAUGUUUGAAAUGCUAACAGGCCAAUUACCAUUCCAAGGCGGUACUCGUAAAGAGACAAUGACUAUGAUACUGAAGGCUAAACUGGGAAUGCCCCAAUUCCUUAGUCUUGAAGCUCAGAGUUUAUUGAGGGCACUUUUCAAGAGAAAUCCAGCGAAUCGCCUUGGUGCCGAUGAAAAGAACGGAAUCGAAGAUCUACAACGACACUCUUUUUUCGCACCCAUCGAAUGGGAGAUGCUUCUUGCUAGGAAGAUACGACCUCCUUUUAAACCUGCCACAGCUAGAGACGACGAUGCUUUUUAUUUUGACUCUGAGUUUACCAAUAGAACACCUAGGGACUCUCCAGGAUUACCUCCAAGCGCUACUGCCCAUGACUUGUUUCGAGGUUUCAGUUUUGUUGCUCCCAAUCUACUUGGUGACAGGGCCAAACAUGAUAAACAUUCCAUCUCUAAUAUGAGUGGUGUCAAAUCUAAAUCAUUUAUAGAAGAUUAUGAGUUGGCCGAGGAAAUCGGUCAUGGUUCUUAUUCAAUAUGUCGACGAUGCAUACAAAAGCAGACUUGUCAAGAGUUUGCAGUUAAAAUAAUUGAUAAAUCUAAGAGGGAGCCGCAGGAUGAAGUUGAGAUUCUCACUCGUUAUUCGGACCACCCGAAUAUUGUCAAACUGCAUGCUGUCUAUGAAAAUGGACCACAAAUUUACAUAGUGACAGAGCUGCUUAAAGGUGGAGAACUGCUCGAUAAAAUCUAUAGGCAAAAAUUUUUCUCUGAAAGAGAGGCAUCAGCCGUUUUGCAGACUAUUGCAUCAACAGUAAAUUAUUUACACUCUAACGGUGUCGUUCAUAGGGAUCUGAAACCGUCCAAUAUUUUAUACGCGGACGACAGCGGGGAUCCUGAAAAACUAAGAAUUUGCGAUUUUGGGUUCGCCAAGCAACUUAGAGCGGAUAACGGUAUGUUAAUGACACCUUGUUACACAGCACAAUUUGUAGCUCCAGAAGUACUGAAACGUCAAGGAUACGAUGCGGCAUGCGACGUGUGGUCACUAGGUGUUCUUUUAUACACCAUGCUCGCAGGGCAGACACCUUUUGCAAAUGGACCAGAGGAUUCACCGGCAGAAAUUUUGAAAAGAAUAGGAGACGGAAAAUUCGCGUUAAAUGGAGGAAAUUUAGAUUCAGUAUCUGAAUCUGCAAAGAAUCUCGUAUCUAGUAUGCUCCAUAUUGAUCCACAGCAACGAAUUUCUUUGCCUGCUAUCUUACAACACCCGUGGAUUGCCGAUAGACGUAGAUUGCCCAAUUUAAAAUUAGCAAUGCCUAAAGAUGCUCUCGCCUUGAAAAGAGCAGCUGAUGCUACAUUUAAAGCUUUAAAUGCCGCCUCGCCAAAACCUAUGAUUGGUAAUGUUGGCGAAUCGGCCAUUGCACAACGAAGAGGCAAAAAUAAACCGAAAAGCUCUACAGAAGUGUAA